CAAGAAGUGUACCACGCACUCCACGAGCCUGCUUUGUCGCGCAAUGGCUGCAAUCGCGUCGAAACUUGAGCAUCACACCUCUGAGAGCGACACCCGAGCCAGCCAUCCCCCUCCGAAAACACCUGAAAGAUGAAGCCAAGCGGAAGAAGGCCGAAGCGAAGUUGUCGAGCGUCAAAAAGGUCAAGGCAGAUCCGCGGCUGGACAAAUGGGAGCUCACAGUGGGCAUCGAGAUCCAUGCCGAGCUGAAUACGGCGUGUAAGCUCUUCUCGAGUGCUCCCGCUCUGGCUGGGGAGGAGAAUGCAGCUGCAAACACCAAAGUUGCUCUGUUCGAUGCAGGUCUCCCAGGUGCGCAGCCGCAAUUCCAGGUGGCAACCCUGCUGCCCGCGCUCCGAGCAGCAGUAGCAUUGGGCUGUGAUAUACAACAUAAAAGUGGAUGGGAUCGAAAGCACUACUUCCACUGGGACCAGCCGAAUGGAUAUCAGAUAACACAGUACUACGAACCCUUCGCCAGAAACGGGCACCUUGUCCUAACGCCUGAAGAUGGCGUCCCAUCCUCUGACCUCGACGGCGCGGAUCACCUCACGAUAGGGAUUAAACAGAUCCAAAUGGAACAGGAUACGGCCAAAACCAAUGCUGUCGGCCUCUCCACCUACCACAUAGACCUCAACCGCGCGGGCCACCCUCUCAUCGAAAUCAUCACCUUACCUCAGAUCCAUUCCCCCCAAACAGCUGCAGCUCUAGUCCGCAAGAUUCAAACGAUCCUGCGCAGUGUCGAUGCCUGCACCACAGGAAUGGAACUGGGAGGUCUGCGCGCAGAUGUCAACGUCUCCAUUCGUGAACGCGGAACAGCAGGGACCGGCUCCACGUAUAGUGGUGUGGAAGGGUUAGGUCAAAGAACAGAGAUCAAGAAUUUAUCUUCAUUCAAGGCGGUAGAAGAUGCCAUUGUUGCCGAACGAGAUCGUCAGAUCUCGGUCUUAGAAAGUGGCGGGAAGAUUGAAGGGGAGACAAGAGGUUGGACACUCGGUGCGGCGGAGACUACACGAUUGAGAGGAAAAGAGGGGGAGGUGGAUUAUCGGUAUAUGCCUGAUGGAGAUUUACCUCCACUGAUCAUUGGGGAGGACGUGGUACAAUAUCUGAAGCAGACUUUACCAGAGUUACCCGAAAACACUGUUGAGAGGGUGGUCCACAGGGCUGGUCUGAGCCCGAAGGAUGCGAAGACGAUGGUCGGACUGGACGAUGGCGACAGGUUGGAGUUUAUGGAAGAAACCAUCGAGUCUCUGAAGCAGAAAUGGCAGGAGCAGACUCAGCCCGAGGAUCUGCACAAGUUCGGCAAGAUCGUAGGUAAUUGGGUUCUGCACGAGUUGGGAGGUCUUCUUGACGCUUCGGUUUCAUGGGACGAUGUCUCCAUCACUCCACAAGAACUUGCCGAUAUCAUCUACAACCUGCUGCAGAAACAAAUCACGGCUCGAACAGCAAAGCAGCUUCUGUCGGCCCUAUUUGAUACUCCUCUUGCUUCAGCUUCACGACCGAGCGUGGAGCAGCUGAUCGAAACCGGCAAUCUGCGACUUCGACCCCUUUCCGAGGAUGCUUAUACAGAGCUCGCGCAGGCUAUCAUGAACGAGAACCUGGACAUGGUCGCUGCCGUGAGGGACAAAGGUCAAAAAGGAAAGAUUAUGUGGUUCGUAGGCCAGAUGGUGAGACGAGGUGAAGAAGGGACUGUAGAGCCGGAGAUGGCGAGGCGAGUAGUUGAGAAGAUGCUUGCAGGCUGAAAUUCCCGCUGUCGACGCUCAGUCGUGUCCUGCUGUCUGUUCUUAGGUGUCGAUAUUAGUCGGUGUCGAGCGAGGAUCCCUACAUGGGCCAUCCAGUCUUCCCGUCGUAUUAGGGGUCUCGAGCGGGUCAAUAGUUGCAGUGCCGGAUCCACAUUGCUGGUGGCCACUCUCCACAUUUCAGGGUACGUAUGUUGGCGCGAUCUGGAGCUGGAACCACGUUGAAGCGGUCGGACUCAUUUCCAAUGGCGUGUGGUCUCGGGCGUGGUUUCAGGAGCUGGCCGCGAUACCACGGAGUCGCAGUAGGAGCACCGGUUCGACAUUCACAAUAACUUGCGUCGCCGUUCUAUUGGCCCACUCAUAUCGAUCGGUCGCCGAGCAUGGCUCAUACCGGACCACGUGAUUCUCCUGUCCUCACGACAUUCCCUUGAUUCUGAACUGCGGACAAUGUUAAGUCUGGACACGUGAUUUUGUCGCGCGAUCAAUGAUCGCUGACGACUUCAGGAUUGGAAUAGGUACGGUCAUUGAUUGCGUAUGUAGAGCUUCAUGCCUCAUGCGUUCACAAGCCGAUCGGCUGGUUCACCGCGCCAAGGCGCCGUCCCUUCACGGCCGAGAAGAUGGAUGACCGUACGAGUUCGAUGCAAGGAUGAAUUAUCAUUGCCAAUACAACAGGCCAGCGCAGAUGUCCAAACCUGUGAACUACGUGGUCAGGAGCACAUCUUCACGCUCGACACGUUUGGCUUCAUGAAGCAGUCCAGCGUGAACUGCACUUCGCCACGCUGUAUUAAUCUGCAGCAGAUUUGACUGCUGCAGCGACCUUUCACGAUAGUCAGCGUGGAAGCACGAAAACUCCGAAGGCGGUCUGCAUCGCCGGCAUUCUGCCAAAGCUGACGACAACCAUUUCUGGGCAGCCAAGAUAGAGCUUGAUCCGUCAUGACGAGGCAUAGUACAAAGGCUUAUCGCAAGAGAUGGUUGUGACGACUGUGCGAAGAGCUUCUUCCAGACGCUAUCAUCAUACGAACUUCUUUCCUCAGUCUGUUCAUGGCAUUGAGGACUCUGCUGGAGAUGAGCCAACUUCCAAUGUCAACCCAUAGGCGACUCAACAAGUCGUUCCCACAGUGGACAUCUCGCUGGCGGAGGGAUGGAAGCAAGAGUUGUGUUCGUAUUGUGUGUGUGUCGAAGGGGGAAAGUGAAGGUGAAGCUCACCUGAAGCUCCACUACUUUGUACGGUCCGCACGGGACGGCAGGUGGGGUCGGUGCACGGUGCUCCUACCUCGCGAGCUUAUAAGAAGCUCGUUGUUUCCUCGCCUGGAGCUCUUAAUGCCAAGCACCCCCAAACAGAACUCAUCCCUUCAACGCUGACGCGACAAUCUGCAAACAACGAACAGCAACCGACAACAACGACAACGACAACGACGACAACGACAGCAACGACAACAACGACAACAACAACAACCCGUAACAACAACAAACCCCAACCACAACGCCUUCACCACAAAGCCCUUGCCCAAACAGCAGCUUCCACCAUUCCACUUCACGCGAGCGAGAGUCAUUGACGCGACCAAGCUUCGGAACACGCCUACCUACAUAUCGAUGCAUCUGGCAACCUUGAGCAGUCAUGCGAACACCCUCGUAGAUGAAUCUUGUGCCUCUUGCGUGACUUUGUAGAGUGACUUUGAGCUUCUCUGAUCUUCGUGCAUGGUACUGAACUCUUGCACUGGCGCCUUGUUCCUUCCAACUGCGAAGCCUGCCUGGUUCUUCAACAACCUUCCCGUUCUAUCCACAUCGGAGCUCACACAACACACUGCACCAUAUUGUCGCGCUCCUGCGACCAUACCAUGUAAUCGGGAACAGUCUACAGCCUGAUCGAUCCAAUGCGGCUGUACACACCGGACACGCUUCUGUAUCCGAUCACGGUUACCAAGUUGCUGAAGCGACGAGGAGACACUGUCGAGGUCAAUUCGCCGCUUUUCCUCUACAACUACAAGAGCAUCGUCACGGAAUUCGACGAAGAUACGAGAGAGAAUGUCCAGAGGGAGCGGACAUGGCCGGCAACAUUCGAGAGCGAGCUCGAGGGCACGAUAGACUCGCUGGACAUCAAAGCAGGCCAGGUGCUGGUACGCAAGACGGUAGUCGCAGACGUGGAAGAGGCGUGCAAGCAUGAGAUACAAUAUGGAGGCCUUUGCGCGAGCUGCGGCCUAGACAUGAAAGAGCGUACUUCGUACAACGAAACCACGGCACGCUCAGCUCGCGCGACGGUGAACACAGUGCAUGGACGCACAGAUCUCCUCAUCUCCCAAGACGAGGCAACCAAGACCGACGAGGAAGGCAAGCGUAGAUUAUUGGACUCUCGAAGAUUGAGCCUAGUCGUGGAUCUGGACCAAACCAUCAUACACGCUUGCGUUGACCCCUCGAUUGGAGAAUGGCAAAACGAUCCGUCCAACCCGAACUACGACGCGCUGAGGGACGUGCAGGCCUUUCAGCUUCGUGACGACAACAAGCCUGUCGCCACAUGGUAUUACAUUAAGCAGCGACCUGGACUCCAGAGCUUCUUGAAAGGCCUCUCCGAGCUCUACGAAAUGCACAUCUAUACCAUGGGAACGCGAACGUAUGCAGAAGGUGUUGCGAAGAUUAUCGACCCCGACGGAAGAGUGUUUGGAGAUCGUAUCGUGACACGCACUGAGAGUGGCAGCGAUAAAGAGAAGAGCUUGAAGAGAUUGUUUCCAACAGACUCGAAGAUGGUGGUGAUCAUCGACGAUCGGGCGGAUGUCUGGCGCUGGAUCUCGAACCUGGUGAAGGUCAAUGUGUUUGAGUUCUUUGUUGGUAUUGGCGACAUCAAUAGCAGUUUCUUGCCCAAGCGACCCGAGCUCGAGGCAGCCAAGUCACAAGCACCGAAGAUGCAGCGAACUCCAUCCAACAAGGAACUUGCGGAUGCUCCUGACAGUGCGAAUGGCGAGACAGUGGCUGAAGCAGCAGCCGCCACUAGCCCAACACUUGCUCCUCCCUUGACUACGCCUGCCCCGACCAACGGCGAUGCAUCAGCUAUUGAUCGACUGGUGUCCAUGGCUGGUUCACAAGACGCAAAGAGCAUACAAGAGAAGACAGAAGAGCAUGAGCAGAUGCUACAGGAACAGCUUGACGACCGUCCCAUGCUCAAGAAGCAGAAAGAGCUGGAAGACCUGGCAAAAGAGGAGGAGGCCAAGGCAUCGCCAGCCGUCGAGGCUACGGCAGAAUUGCUUGCGGGAGAUGGCAGUGUUGGGGCAGAGUUCAGCACAGUAGACUCUGCACAGUCCCGGUACCGACAUAAUUUGUUGGUAGAUGAUGACAACGAGCUGCAUUAUCUCGAGCAGAGCCUGCGGAACAUACAUGCAGCCUACUACCAUGAGUAUGAGAAGCAAGCAAUGGGCAGCAAGGGUGGUCGUGUGUCAGAACUACGUCCAGGUCUCAGCACGAAGCGGUCAGCCGAUGAUGAACUGCAGCAUAUUCCCGAUGCCGCUGUCGUCAUGGACGACCUGAAAUGCAGAGUGUUGGCAGAUUGCCAUAUUGUCUUUUCGGGUGUCGUUCCAUUGGGGGUUGAUCCCAACAAUCACGACGCAGCUCUUUGGGCCAAGAGCUUUGGUGCCUCUGUGAGUCAACACAUCACGAAGAAGACGACACAUGUCAUUGCGUCACCCGAACGCAAAACCGCCAAGGUGAGGCAGGCGGCGAAGAGGCCUCGUAUCGCCGUCGUCAGCCAGCACUGGUUACACGCUUGCUUCUCACAAUGGAAAAAGGUCGAUGUUGGUCCAUACCAGAUUCACUCGGAUGCUCCUGCCAACGGAACAGGCAGCCUGCCGGAGAGUUUCGAUGAUACAGCAUACAACAUCUCAUCUUCAGAGGAGGAAUCUGCUGUUACUGAAGAUGAAACAGAGGGCAGUGAUACGCCGAACAGCACGGGCCUGACUGUGGCCAUUGAUCCCGAUGAGGAAGAGCUGCUCAAGUACGCACCGUCCAUGACGCGACAAGACAGUAGUCCCAUCGAGGGCGAAGCUCCCGAUGACUGGGACGACAUGGACGACGAGUACAAGAAGUUUAUGGAAGGAGAAGAUCUUGAUAGCGAGAGUGACAACGAUAGUGUGAAAAGUGGAAGAUCUACUCCGGACAGCGCCCGGAAGCGAAAGCAGGAUGACCGCGAGAGCGAUGGGGAAAGUGAGAACGGCGGCAGCCGGUUGCAGAAGAGGAAGAAGCAGGCUAUAGAAAGGACGACGAGCCUGACGAAUCUGGUCGUGCAGAGCAAUGGCUCGACACCCGCUGCAGAUGGCCCCACGGAACAGGACGGCGGUGGAGCAGAGGAUCCAGAUGAGGAUGGUGACGAUGACUUGGAGGCUGCUUUGGCUGCGGAGAUGGAGCGGCAGACGGAAGAAGAUGAAGGGGAAGCAUAGGAGCUGCAUGCAGACUGGCGACCUCCGAUUCAGCACAUGCCAGUGGGGGGUGGUACUGGGCCACAACGGCGCCCGAGUAGGAGGUAGUUCAGCAGCACUGCAGGUUGCAACAAGGCAUCCAAUGGCGAUUUGCAUAGAGCGAUGGCGCCGGUCUCGUGCACAUUUAAUUAUUGGGAGAGGCACUUGGAGGCGUGCAAUGAUGGACGUGGUAUGAUAUGUUACCUAUUACC